AUGUUAAGAUUGUGCAGAGGAAAUUCGUGGUGUUUAAAAUCGCAAGAAGUUAUAAGCUGUCAGAAAGCAGUGUCUGAUUCAACAAUGGCUGAUUCAGCUUCAAACAAUUCCAGUGAUUCUACUUGCUCUUCAUGUGCAAAAAUGAAAGAGGUACUUGAGGCCACUAAGAAAGAACAUACACUGACACUAAGAAUGAUCAAAGAAAAGAUUAUUUCAACAGAUGAGCUUAUCAAGAAGUAUCAAGAGAAAUGCUUGGAAUCUGAUAAACAUCUUCAACAAGCCACUGACUUCACACUGAAACUGGAAGCAGCUCAGAUGAAAAUUGAAACUUUGCAAGGCCAGCUGGACAGGGCACUGCAUUCCAGUGAACCUCUGAGGAAGAAUGUAGCACGACUGCACAGGGAAAAGUCCUUAGCUGAUUCAACCAUUGCAGAGUUACAAGAAAAGCUACAGACAUUUGAGAAAACAAACUCAGAGCUACUGAGUGUUACAAAACUCAAAGAAGAACAGGAAUGCCAGUGGAGAUUGGAGAAACAAGUUCAGGCUCAUGAGAUGCAAAAACAAAAAAAGAGCUUGCAGAAAAGUGAAGCUGCUAUUGCAAAGCUACAGGAACAGAUCAAAAAAGAGAAAGAGCAAAACAAGGAGAUGUCCAGUUUGCUGAAUAAGGCGAAUAGAAAAGCAGCAAAGUUGGAGCAACAGCUUGAGAAAUCCAAGGAUGAAAUCCAAAGUUUCAAGCUGGAAGCCCGACUUGCAAGAACUUAUGGGAAAGACAGGACAGAAAAGACACCAAAAUCGAGGCAAAGAAAGAAAUCUUGUCAGCCGCCUUCGUCGCCUGAGGGACAUAAACAGCCCUCAUCUUCGGGCUCCCAUUCAGAAGAACACCUGGAACAUAUAAUUGAAGAGCUAAAUGCGUUAAAGGAUAUGGCCCCAGCUCUCAGUCCCCUUCCACCAAGUCCUGGCCCAGCGGAAGAGAGUUGCAGUGAAAGUAGCAACGAUGCUGGCAGCGAAGAUGGCGACAGCGAUUAUAGUUUAGGUGAUUUAGCGGAUAUUUUAACUGGUGAUCAGGGUGACGCGGAAAAUCCUGUAGGAAAAUCUUUGGCAACUAGAGACAGUAGUCAAGACUUCGACGAGGAUUUGGAAAACAGUUUCAAAGAGGCAGCGAAGGGUGAAAAUGAUAAUGAUAUUCAAGGCAACAAGGAUGAACCUUCGAUGAAUGAAGCCCCAAAUGAGUUUACUGCUUCUGUGCUUGAAGAAUCCGAAAACUUCUCUGAAACGAACUGCAAUGUCGACUAUGCAGGAGAUGAAACAUCAAAACGGGAAACAUUUCAUCAAGCGCAUCAUACCGGAACUCAAAUGAGCGAAUAUGCACUAGAGAAAGAUACGGAACCCAUUGAGACUGCGCAAGUAUUUAACGCAGCGAUAAACAAAGCGGAAUCGCCUGGUGUUCGGCAAAAGGGCAAGCGCCGAAUGACAUCACCGAAUCCCCAGGUCAUGACUCGAUCCAGGGCUAAAGCGAUGAAGCUAAGUUCCUCGUCUGAUGGUGACAGUUCAUCAGAGAAAGAAACUGGAAAAGAGUCAAAUAUAAGAUUAGGAAAUUCUUCUAAGAUAACAAACACUUGCUCAAAACGUAAUCCUGAUGCAAUAGAAAAGAGAAAAUCAAAGGGUACUCAAAACAGAGAUGAGAGAGAAGCUCCUUUCGUUUCCUUUACGGAAGCUCUCAGAAACCAGCGCGAAAUUCGGGAUCAAGGAAAUUGCUCGAACUCGCUGUCUGAAGCUAUCAAUGGCGAUGCUGGAGACGUCACGCCUCACCAUGACUACGCCAACGCGCGCGAAUGCCCAGGAGCCUCGCUUUCAGGGUCAAAGGAACAAUUAGACGAUGAUAACACUUCUCGUGUACCUCCAACGGAAACGGAAGGUGGUGUUACCUGUUACCGUGGAAACGAUGAUGAGCUUCGUGCCUCCGCAUUUCCGCUGCCAGGCUCAGUCGAACCAAAGGUCCUAAGAGAAAAUUCGGACGCGUUCUUAUCAGCGGUUGAUGUUCCCACCACAAACAUGUCUACUGUACUUGAGAGCGUUUCUGAAUCUCAAAUUAAGACUGCCGUUCCACUUUCCCCGUCGAAAGAGUUCAGUUCUGACAAUAAUGAUAUUUCUUUAGCCGAACUUAGCGAUAGAACUGACGCUUGUACUUGUGUUUCAAUAAAACCUGAAAACAUCGAAGCGGACGCGAAAGUUGUAGCUUGUAAGACAAAUGAACUAAACGACCGAAAUUUACGAGACAGUAGAAGUAGUCCUCAGGCCACUGACAGCGGGCACUCGUCAAGGUUUAAAAGCGAGGAGAUUGCAGAUAACACCGUUCCUGAGGACAAUUUACAAAUCAUACGCAAUAAUUCAAAGGUCGAUUCAAUUCUUGUCGACGAUGAGAAUUGGUGUGACCAAUCAGAGGCCGUUAUUGAGGAGAAUCAGGAAGAUUUAAGUUGUUCAGCGGAAAGAAACAGUUCAGAUUUGGGUGAAUUAAGCGUGUGUAGUGCUCUCGAUGAUGAUCGUGAAAAUAAAACUGUGUUUGAAACCACUGGUUCUGAUCAAAAGGAGAGUGAUGUAAAUUCUUCCGGCUGCAAAGCUACUGGAAAAUUAGCAACAUGCAGUCCAAUUGAAAUUUUGACAGGCGAUGCAAAAAUCGAAACCAGUCUGGCAAUUUGCUCAAAGAAGCGUUCUUGUACUAUCACUGUGAAAACAAAGGAAGAGUCCUCAAUAGACAGUCACCACAUGAAGGAAAUCAUUGUAAACAGACAACUAGCUUCAAAGAGAAACGCCGAUUGCUUUGCGUCCGACGAAGCGAAGCUUGGUAGCUCAACUGAAGAUAGCGGAACUGAAAGGUUUACAGAUCAAGGGGCCAACUUGGGAGAAGGAAUUACAGCGUUGUGUGACGAUUCCGCGACGAAAUGUUCUUCUCUGACGCAUAAAGGUAGAGUGGCAACUACCACCAUCAUCACCCCUAGUGUGACUCACACGGGAACUAACGUGACACAUAGCAAUACUAGAGUGUCACGCUUCAAAACAAGUGUGACUCCCACCGAAAGGAGUAUGACUCAAACUGGUGUGACUCACGGCAAAAUUAGUGAGACUCACACGGAAAAAAGUGUGACUUACACCAAAAUUUCAACAAAAUUGGAAAUUUCCGCCAAAGAAAAGCUUAAAGAUGCAAUUUAUGAAGACAGGAUAUCUCUGUCAAGAGCAAUGAUUCAGGAAGGGUCAUUAACGUUUCCUACGGGAGUGACGCUUUCUAACUUGGAGAAUGAUCUAGCGUCCUGUAAAGGUGCGCCGAGCAAAGAAGGAGAGCUAUCAAAAGGCAAGAGAAGGGAGUAUUCCGAAUUUCAAACAGAUACGAAGUCUUUAAGAACUCCCAAUAAAGAUGAAAGGAAGCCUCCGGUGGCUAUUGAACUUGACGGAGAUUUGCAAUCCUGUAGAAAUACUGCUGCAGAUUCUUUGGUUUCCACAGACGGGGUACGGAUAAAAUCUGAUGUGAUAAGAGUUUCGUCCAGUUUCAGAGACGGGAUCAAAGACUGCCCCGCAAAUUCCAGGCAGGAAACAGAGAGAACCGACAUGGAGAGGCAAAUGCCUUGUUAUAGCGGCCAAAGCGAUUGUAACACAUCGAGCGACAGAAGAAAACUUUCUGGUUGUAAAGAUAAGAUUUCCUCCUUUGAAGAUGAUGGUAAUGAUCAUGAAGGGAGAGAAAGUCCUUCUUCAGCUCUUCCUGAACAAGAAAGAACUCAAAUCAAAAGCAGUGAAAAAGCUUUGCAGUUGUUAGGGACCCUUGAUACAAGGGAAUCACCCAAAGCCUCGGCGACAGCACAUGAUUUGCAGGAUGACCCCCCAAUCGAAGCUUUGCUGAACAACCUCGAAGGCCUCUUAGAGGAUUUUCCAUCGCUAUCGCCUCUGCCUCCGUCUCCUUGCCCUUCAGACGACGAAACUGUUGUACUUCCAGCCUCUCCUAUUUCAAAUAGUGAUGGUAAUGACGUUACUAUCUUGAUGUCUGAUGCACAUGAUAAGUGUCCAGGCAAACGAGACGAAAGAGGCUUGACUGAACCAUACUCUAAAAGCUUGAAAAGAAACCCAAACAAAAACAUGUCUGGUUGUAACACAAGUUUUAACAAUAAGGACAUUUCGACAAAAAAUACUAUUGUCAAGACCAAAACAAUGACGUCGGAAUCAACUUCUUCGCCAACGAGAGGAGUCCUGUUGCAACGACCUUUGCAAACGCCUUUGUUGAGAUCCCGUGCACAGGGAAGCGUCUCGGCAAAACGGACUCUACAACGAUCAGUGUCUGAUUCAGCAAUACAAAAGAAUGAGCCUCAAAGCAAAAGAGCUAAAAAACAUCUCAGUGUUACUGACAAACAACAAUCUCCAAAGUCGAGCGUACGUUUGGUUGCCUCUAGAGUUGCUCUUAACAAGGACGUAAUGAAGCAACCGUUGGAGAGCUGUGUUGGUAAUAAGGGACCAGUAUUUGUAAGCAACAAGGGAGUAACAUUGGUUGACCAGAAUAGCAACGUUCGGCCAAUAUUGGGGAAGGAAUUACGUAAAAAAGAUUCAACGAAGGCAACUGAUGAUAAAGACAGUAAAUUUCGACCUUUAUCGGUUCGACCAGGUUACCAGACAGAAGUCCAAUAUGUAAUCAAAUGCCUUGGCCGCAUUUAUGAAAAUAAUGUGGAGCUGGAAAUUGUGUUCAGUAGACUGACUAGUAAAAAAUGCAUUUCGUCCAGUACGCCGGUAGCUUCGGCAAUAAUCCAUUUUUUGAAAAAACGAAAGGACGAUCUUAUGCCUCACAUUCUUGAACAACUCGAGCAGAUUCAGUCUGAAGGGAGACCAUUAAACUGGAAACCUAUUAUUUCUAGUUUUGAGUCCCGUCUAUUGAAAGUGGUAUCCCUGUUAUCCAGUGAAGCUUUAUUUGGAAACUUGAUCGCGCAGUUGGUUACCCUGUGUUCUCGAAGUUUAAUCGAAGCUUCUUGUGCUUUCAAAGAGGAGGAAAUAAAAGGGAACUUGUCAUUAUGCCGUGUCCUGACAGCCUUAUGUCAACUCAAAGACGAUCUUUCCAAUGCUCGAACAAUCCUUUAUGAUGUCAUGCGCACGCUAUACAGUUUCCACAACGCGGCCUUAGAGCUCGUUGUUACCAUAGCUUCAGUUUGGCCCGAAGUCUUACGAUCGCCCUCCGACUGCCUGUCGGCUGAACGAUCGCCUCUAGCUUGUACACUGAAGUUAGUGUUAUUGAAUUGGGCCAACAAGUGUCCGUCAUUGGAAUUUGGGAAAAUUCUGCGUAAUUUAUGCUGUUGGGAAGGUGAUUGUGCUACGGAUGAAGAACUGAAGAAUUUUGGAUCACAGCUUGCCAAGUGGUUGCAUGAAGAGAGCGGCGCCUCUGUUAGUGUUGGUAAAGAAGGAAGAUUUGUCCUCGACAACUACUCUUUUGAGAUUGUCAAAUCCUUUGAGUUGUUAUCUUGUGUACUUGGUUGGCAAUGGACCUUAACUGAUCUCAUUCUGAACCACAUUUGGCAAAUAUUAAGAUCGUGGGCUAAGAAGGAGGCAGAAAGUUCUCGCACAGGUGAACGAGAAACGGCGUCAGUUGGAGAGCACAGUCAAGGUCUUGGAUUAGGCGAGUUCAGCAAAGCGACUUGCAUUUGUCUAAUGGUCACCGACAAGGACAAAAAUUCUGAUUUUUCUAAAGCAAUGCCCAGGGUUCUCAGCACUGAAGACGAAAUAAGUAAGGAAAAUACCUCUAUGACAACAGGAGGCAAGGAAGGAGGGAAGAAACCUUUCACCGACGAAAAGGAAGUGUGUGGGAUUUGCCUUAAGUGUGGGAAUUCCACAGAAACCAGGCUGCCUGAAUCGCGAAUUGUUGUGUGUAUUCACCUUUUAGGCGGUUUAUGCAGAAUUGCUGUUGAAAAUGGACAACAUCCUGUGCCAGAAAUAAUCGACAUGUUAUGUGGGCUCAUAGAUAAUACAUCACCAGACUCGAAAGUGACGUAUGCCAUUCAGCUUGCAGCGGCAGUGUCGCUCCUUGACGUAUCACCUUGGCAACCAGGAAGAGUAGCCUCGGUUGUGAGCAAAUGGCUCUCUGCUUUGAAAGAGACAAACUAUAUCCAGACUCCCGUAUGCGUGUCACAAGGCCUGGUUUGUUUAAAGAGCAUUUUGCGGGUAAAUCAAAUGUGAAGUUUGACUAAGACAACAUGUGGCUUCAGUUUUUGAAGCUAAAACCGUCCGUGAUUGCACUUACAGAGAGAAGUACUGGAGAUGAAUUUAAGUGAAUGCGUCACAAGGUCUGUACAGGAAUAUAUGAAAACAUGUACGCGUUAAUGUUAAUAUUUAGAUAUGUGUCAAAAGUCGGAAAGGGAAAAGGAGAGAGAAACCUAGAAAGUAAAAGAUGUUGAGAUUUAAAAGACCAAACAAAUAGAAUA